AUGAUCAAGAUGGCAAAAGUCAAAGGAAAGAAGGACUCCAAGAAUUCCAAAAACUCUCAGAGUCAUAUUCGAGCGCGGCUGGAUUACCUACACCAAGCCGCCGCAUACUUCCAGGACAAAGCUACACUCGCCAAGGGUCAGAACGCUAAGGUUGCGAACGAUGAAUACAACUUAGUUGCUAGUCAUGUUAGCUCUGUGGAGAAAGGCUAUAUGGUAGAUACAAACGAAGAAGUCUGUUCCUUGAACCAAAAGAAGACUCAAGGGCCAUUGAGAAACCUCUCAAGGGUAUGUGUAUCACAUCUACGCGCCGUGGCAAUGAAAACGCAGAUUCGGCUUCCUGUCACACUGAAAAGAUCAAUUUGCAAGCGCUGUGAUACAAUCCUGACACCGGGAGUGACUUGCUCGCAUGAAACCAGAAACGCAAGUCGCGGCGGUAAGAAGCCAUGGGCCGAUGUAUUGGUUGUCAAGUGCCUCUCAUGCGGGACUGAGAAACGAUUUCCGCAGACAGAGAAACGUGGGAAGAAACUUGCUGAGCGCCACAAGAAGGACGCGGCCUUGCUAGGUGAUGCGAAUGGUCCCAAAAUGGAUACCUCGGCGGUGUUGCAAGAAAAGGAUGUGAAAUCGCGCGAGGAGGAUGUGACAAUGUUGGAAGCUGCGGAUAUCCCACCGACGUGA